AUGGGGAAAAGAAUAGCUUCCUUCAAGAACUUGGCCAAGAAAGUGAAGAGCUUCAACACAAGAGAAAGCGGCUCCGAGUAUGUUAUGCUCGGUGAGGGGGACGACACUUCUCCGACGAAGACGUCUACGGGAACGUUUGCGGUGUACGUAGGGGAAGAGCGCGUGAAGCAGGUAGUGCCGACGAGCUAUUUGAAGCAUCCUCUAUUCAGGAUGCUCCUUGACAAGUCACGUGACGAGUUUCACUGUACCGACCAGAAGGUUAUGUUGGUCGUCCCUUGUAGCCUCUCUGCGUUCCAAGAUGUCCUUAACGCCAUCGAGUCUUGUAAUGGAAACUUCGAUUUCGGCGACUUUGUUGAGGAGUUUCUUUGA